UUCGAGAACCUGGCAAAAAUCGCCUCGAUGCUGCAAAGAAACAGCAUUCACGGUUCGUGUAUAAAACGGUAAAGGCUACUACCGAAAUUCACAGUUGUGCUCUUAACGUGGACCAGUCAACACCUCAAAUCAAACAAACUUAAAAUGGCUUUCAAGCUUUGCAUCUUCGCCGCCCUCGUGGCCGUCGCCGCCGCUCAGUACGGUUCCUCCUCCUACGGCCACGCCGCCCCCGCCUACAGCGCUCCCGCCUACCACGCUGAGCCCGCUUACCCCGACGCCCACCCCGCCUACAAGUUCGCCUACAACGUCCACGACCCCCACACCUACGACAUCAAGAGCCAAGAAGAGACCCGUGACGGAGACUACGUCCAGGGAUACUACUCCCUCGUCGAAGCUGACGGCAGCAAACGCAUCGUCCACUACUCCGACAAGGGACACGGAUUCGAAGCCGUCGUACAGAAGGAACCCGGAAGCCACCCUGCCCCCGCCCCCGCCUACCACGCCCCCGCCUACUCCGCCCCCUCCUACUCGGCUCCCUCUUACUCUGCCCCCGCCUACAAGAAGUAGAUCAAGUUCCUAGUCAUGUCAUCAACUCAUCUCAUUCAGUGUCAAUUAUUCAUUCAAGCCAUCUAAGUCACUUGUAAAUAUGUGUACAUACAGCAGCGCUAGCUGCAUACAGAAUAAAUAAGAGUGAUCAUCAUCA